AUGUCUGACGCUUCUUCGGCUUCGCGACAUGAGCGCGGCGAGGGAGAGCCCGAUUCUCUCCCUCCCAGCCAUGACCAGGGGUGGAUCUCAGCACUCGUCGAUAGUCUCGUCCCAAAAUUUCAAGCUCAGGGAAGCACUUCGGCUAGCGAUUCCGCAAUGCAGACUGACACUACUCAAGGCAGGCCCAUCUGCUGCGGGGAACGAUCAGGCCCCGUCCGAGAUCAAUGA